GAUAACUUUAUUAAUCUUUCGAUUAAGCUCAAAAACCAAUGCAAUAAUUCAAGAGAAAAAGCAUAUCACUGUUUAAUGAGGGAGGUCUUUAAUACGAAGGUCUUUCAUGAAGCAUCCAUUCAAGCUGGUCACAUUUCUAAAGCAGAAUAUCUUAGAAAUAAAAUAGACGAUCGUAUAGUGGAUUUCAUUAUUCAAAUAGGGAAGGGUAAAAAAAAGUGGUUAAGCCGUGGGUCAGUUGCGACUUUACACAAAGCAACAUCUACGGAAAGAGUGGUAGAUUUGCUUAAUGAUGCCGAAAAUGAAGGGCCAAGAUCUUAUGAAGAUAUUUUGCAAAUCUUUGGGACAGAUCGUAGGUCAGAUCAUGGUGUCAAAUCAAUAAUUAUUCUGGUAGUGAUAUUCCCUUUUUCUGAAAAGUUCUGGCAUAAUUUCUUAUUUUUUUGCUCGAGAGUUCUGGAAUUAUUUUUAUUUGUGGAUUGAUUUUCUUUUUGGCAGUUUUAUGAUUUACAAGGGAUCUCCGGACAAACGGUACAUUUUUAUUUAAUAUAUUGGGAUUAGUACAAUGAUGAAAUAAGGUGUCCAGGUACGUAAUUACUUGUGAAUAGAUAUUAUUGGGUUGAAGUCUGGUUGAAGUCUGGUUGAACUCUGGUUGAAGUCGGGUUGAGACUGCGCCCUUUUUUUCUCACUAUAGUUCGAAAA